AUGACUUUAUUAUACAAUGUCACUGUUAUGCCUUUUGAAACAUCAAGUCAAUUAAUUCGCCCUACUAGUCUUCGCUUUGUGCCGAAUGAUGAUGAGACAAUUGAUUGGAAUAACGAACAUAAUGUGGCUAAUAUUAACAAAAGUGAACAUUCAGUAAUACCAGAUCCAAACACAUAUGGUAAUCUUAUUUCUACUGUAAGCGAUUUGAACAGCAAAAAUGUUUAUCACUUGAAACCACUUACCACAACUCCAGCAAAGAUAUUCAGUCCAUUUUGUGAUAGUUUAUCUCAGAAUGAGGACGCCACAGAUGUAAAAGAAAAGUCAAAAAUGAUGGUCAAACAACGUUCAAUUACUGAUCCGUCAUCCAGUACCAAAACGAAUUUUAAACGUUAUUCACUUGAUGAAUUAUCAAAAUCGUUAAGACAAAUGCUUACAAUAAGUGAUCGUGAAAAAAUGGAUCCGAAUCACUUUUGCAUGUAG